CAAAGGUCUCUAGUGCAGCAGAGAAUAUCAUCAUGAGCGACUGGAGGAAAAUGAGCAAAGACGACCUGGAGCAUCAGUUCUCCCCCAGCAGCUGGUCACACAGGAUGUCCGCCGAUGACGUGAUCAGAGCUCAUGUUGUGUGUGUGUAUGCAGGCACAGAGAAAGCUCGGUCCGUCACUCAGACUUUGUUGGACGUCCCGUACGGUGAUGGUGACGGAGAGAAGCUGGACGUUUAUGUUCCCAGCAGCUCUAGUCCAGACGUGCCGCUGGUCAUUUACUUUCAUGGAGGAUACUGGCAGUUCCUCAGUAAGAACGAGUCUGGGUUUCUAGCCGUGCCAUUGGUCCAGAGGGGUGUGGUCGUGGUUGCCGUGGGUUACAGCGUCGCUCCUAAAGGGGAUAUGGAUCUGAUGGUGUCACAGGUGCGCAGGAGCGUGGUGUCUGUCGUCCAGCAGUAUUCACACAUCAGUGGUCUUUAUCUGUGCGGUCAUUCGGCAGGAGCUCAUCUGGCCGCUAUGGUUCUGUCCACCGACUGGACACAGUACGACAUAUCACCGCAAAUCAAAGGUGUGUUUCUCGUCAGCGGCAUUUAUGACCUGCAGCCCAUUCUGUCCACCUACGUGAACGAGCCGCUGAAGAUGACCGAGGAAGUGGCGAUUAGGAACAGCCCCAGUCACUUCCUGCCGCAGCUCAAGCGCUCGUCCACUUCCUGUGACAUCAUCGUCGCCGUCGCGCAGAACGACUCGCCCGAGUUUCGCAAGCAAUCGGAGGAAUAUUUCAAAGCUUUGGAAUCUGCCGGUCUUAGAGUCUCUUUUGAAGACGUUCCCAACACGGAUCACUUCAACAUUAUAGAGCAACUCGUCGAUGAAAAUUACCGUCUUACUAAGCUCCUACUAAAGAUGAUGGGGAAAAGUUGACGAUCGUCAGAUUACCCAGAAUGCACUGCGCUGGAACAGACCUGUGAGUUGAGCUCAACGAGACCUCACUCUUUGUCCAAUCAGACACUAGUAUUACAUGUUUUACAUUGUUAUUAUUGAGACAGCAGCAGUGUAUGUCGGUACAUUCAAGUUUCUACUACAAGAAAAUGACUGUAAACGUCUUUAAAUGGUUAUUUAAAUGAAAGUGUCACACAGAUGUGCCAUGAAUCAGUUGUUGAUCAUUUAAAUAUAUCAAAUAUUUAACAUUUAAAUGAUUCGAUUUGAUUGAUGGCACUGGAAACCACUCUCGCUCUGCAUUGUUUAAGUUGCACAGAUGUAUUUGUUUGAGGUUUUACUGAAUCGGCACAGAUUACUCUGGUUUAAACCGGUUUCUUGCCCUGGUCAGACAUGUUUGGUUUGUUGUUAUUAGCUAGUCAAACCGAAAGCCACUGGUUUACACAUUUUUAGCAAGGAAACUGUAUGUGAAUAUGAUGUUUGUGUGUGUUUUGAAGCAUUUCCAGUUCAAUAAAAUGCUGAGGAAAAA